UUCGGGGGAGCCCCGCCGCCCCCUCACUGAGACCCCGGCAGCAGGAGCCCCCAGGCGAGGCAUGGAGCCCCCUCCCGAGCGCCCACGGGACAGCCCGAGCGUGGCGGACACUGCUGCCGAGUUCCUGAGCCUCAUCGGGCUGAAGGAGCUGGAGAAGUGCCUCUUUGCUGAGACGCUGGCAGUGGUGGCCGUGGGGGCCUCACCAAGGGACAAGGCACAGGGCCAGUGGUGGAUGGCAGCCCAGUGGGCACCCUAUCAGCAGGAAGGUGCGCCGAUGCAGAGCUGCAUCCUGGUGCAAACCAGGUUCCGAGGCAAGCAGAAUGGUGUGCCUGCCUCCAGCACCCUCAAGGCCUAUGUGACUUGGCAGCUGGAGACCCUGGAGCAGGAGGAGCAGGAGUGCCUGGAGCUCACACCACAUCCCACCGAGAAGACGACCCACAUUGUGAGCCACGAGCACGGGAUGACGGUGACGAGGACCCUGCAGGAGGGAGGGGCAGAGCCGCGGUGCCACAGCUUCUCGUACGGCCGGGCCAGGCUGCGGGCGCGGCUGCUGGAGGGCGCCAGCCUCCUGCUGCUGCGGGUGCUGGCCCGCCGGCAGACAAUGCCCCCCGGCCUCGUCUUCCCAGCCAUCAACAGCGAGGGCGACCUCUGCACCUUCAGCUAUUCUGCCCUGGGCAUCCAGCGGCAGGCGGUGGGCUCGGCAGAGACAGAGGUGUUCGUGAUCCGCCGAGCCGUGCGCGCCAGCACAGGCGCCCCCAGCGUGUGGCACAGCAGCUUCCUGCCCAGCGGGAAGGGCAGCGCCCCGGCCAGGGGCACCCAGCCCUGCCAGGCUCGAGGGACCCACGAUGGGAAGGUCAAGGGCUCUGCUUCCCCUCUCAGGCAUCUGGCUCAGCUGAUGCAGAUUGGCUCCCCAGUGCUGAUGCUUCUCCAGGAUGAGUCCAUCCUCAGCAAGUCAGGUAGGUUUGAGCCCCAGCUCCCCUUCCCCAAAGAACCCCUGGACUGGGAGGAGGACAUGGAGCUCUACUCCUAUUUCCUGGACAGGAAGGAGGAGCUGCAACUCUCCCAUGCUGCCUACCUCCAGCAGCACCCAGAGGUGCGGGCACUGCUGUCUGACUUCCUCCAGGCAUUGCUCCACCAGCAGCCACACGAUACCAUUUCCUUUGCUGCGGAAUUCUUCGCCCACCAGAGGCCCAUUGGGACCCCCUUUGCCUCCACUGGGGCUGCCAGCCCCCUCCCCAGCUCCCCAGCUGGCCACCCUCCAGCUGACAGCAAAUAAAGC